AUGUCUCUGUUUAUAGGAAAUCAACCUUCAACCGUCCUUGGACGACGACAGAAUGUCUCCUCCAGACCCAGAAAAUGUCCUAGACCAAAAGGAAGACUCGAAGCGAUGGAGUUCAUGGCUAGUGGAAAGGAUGAAUUUGUCAAACGGGCUCGAGAUGCUGCUCUGCGUGAGACCUACAAGUCUCAUUCACAACCAGUCUCCUCCUCGAAGCAGGAUCACCGCUUGGCCACUGGUAAGCCAUCCCUUCUACCUUCGAACCCUAACCUUAAGCCAAUCCCCGACAAAGUUAUUGAUGAUUUGAAUAACAUUUCUUUGGACAUCACUAUAAAUCAAAUCAAGUUACCAGCACCACAAUCAUCCCUACGCUCUGAAGAUCGACAUAAAAGGGCUGUUAGGCACGACGAUUCUCGAACUCAAUCCUACUGGGACACUCCCAAUCUUCCUCAAAGUCAAGUACCACCUGCCCGUAUCAUACACUCGGUUCACCGGCCACGUACUAACAACACUGAGUCUUGUAGCAGACUAAUCAACGAGUCUGAGGAUGAUUUGGAAGAAGAGAUGGAAGAAGAGGUAAAGAUUUUGAAAGUCGCUUUCAAACCUGUUCGCAUUAUCCGCGGCCAUGUAUGGCAAAAUGUGCAGCCGCAGGUUGCGACUAUUGUCGAUCCUUCCAUGGAAGAGUCUUCAUCAGAUUCGGAGGCUUCUGUCAAAGAAGUCUUUGUAAAGCAGCCAGAGGAGUUGCACCAAAACGUAGAGGUUGUGCGGUCAGUGCUAACGGCCAGAGAUCGUUGGACGACUCUGAUCAACUCGGAUAAAUGGAACACGAACAAGGCUGUGGAUAUGGAAGAGGAGGCUGUUCUAUUCAAUGAACGUCCUGGGAGGAAAUUGUGCUAG